AUGAAGCUCAGCAAUCCUUUUGUUUUCCGGCCAGGCCCGGUUAGCUUCUGGACAACCAUUGUCUAUCUCGCCAUUAUCAUCCCCUUGAUUUAUGUCCAGGAAACGGUGCCGCCUGCGCCGCCCGAAAAGGAUCUGCCGCAGGGCGUCAAUUUGACAGAAGCGUGGUUGGACUUGGAGGUCAUUACUAGAUCAUACCAUCCUUUUAAUAGCCACUCGAAUGAUAUAGUUCGCCAGUAUCUCGUGCGUCGAUCCAGGGACAUUCUGGAAAGAAAUGGGAUUGACUAUACCACGGAUUUGACAGGUGGUGUGCCCUGGGAAAGCAGGUAUUUGUCGUCGGCUGAGCAUCCAGCCCAGGCCGCCGAGGCUUCUGCUCGCCCGCGCGGCGCUACGCUCUUUGAUGAUCGCAUUUCAAACGUGACAAUGACUAAUCCUCAGCCGAAUGAUACCAUGGGACGGUACUUUGAAGGCAACAAUUUUUACGUGUAUAUUCAUGGUUCUGAGGACCCGGAGGGGGAUUGGUGGACCUCUGACAAUGUUCAACGAGUUGCUCGCAACGGCGCUGGCGUUCUCGUGAAUUGCCAUUUUGACUCGGUAUCUACCGGCUAUGGUGCCACCGAUGACGGCGUGGCAUGCGUCUCCCUACUGCAAUUGCUCAGUCACUUUACCUCCAAGGGCCAUCAACCAAAGAACGGCAUUGUCUUGCUUUUCAAUAAUGCCGAAGAGGACGGGUUACUCGGAGCCAAAGCUUUUGGAUAUAGCCCCUUGGUGCAGUUUUGCAAUACACUAGUUAAUCUGGAGGGGGCAGGAGCCGGCGGUCGAGCUAUGCUGUUCCGAACGACGGAUCUCGAGGCCGCUGAGGCGUACUCCAAAAGCCCUCAUCCUUUUGGAUCCGUUGUAGCGUCGAAUGCUUUCGAGCGGGGCGUGAUUAAGAGCGGCACGGAUUACUCGGUCUUUGUGGACAACUACGGCCAACGCGGUCUCGAUAUUGCUUUCUAUUCGCCUCGAUCCCGAUAUCACACAGAGGAGGAUGAUGCGCGGCACACGUCAGUCGACAGCAUCUGGCACAUGUUAUCAGCUGCUCUCGCCACGACCGAGUCCUUGGCAAGGACCACCAGCACCAAGUUCAACGGCCCGCGUUCUGAUGGCAGAAAAGAUCUGGUUCAAAGUGGCCGCCCAACGGCUGGUGUUUGGUUUGAUUGGUAUGGCAGUAGCUGGUCUGCAUUUUCGCUUAGAGGGCUAUUCGCGUGGACUCUCACCCUUCUCAUUACUACGCCAAUCGUUCUUUUCGUGGUGACAUAUGUGCUGGUUCGCGAUGAUAAGUGGUACUUCUUCGCUACCAGGGUUGAUUCUAGUGUAGGAGACGGUGAAGAAACCGUGUCAUUUGGCGGAUGGAAAGGCUUCGUCCGAUUUCCGUUUGCUCUAGUUGUUGCCACUGCCUUGACAAUUGGAUCGGUGUUUUUGCUGGCCAAGGUCAAUCCAUUGAUUAUUUAUAGCAGUGGAUAUUCUGUGUGGGCCAUGAUGCUUUCAUUGUUUUACUUUGUGUCGUGGCUUUUGCUUCGUGGAGCUCACUUUGUGCGCCCAAGCGCUCUACAACGGGGCUUUACUCUGAUCUGGCUUUUCAUAAUUACUUGGGUUCUCUCAGUUUUCGCAGCCGUUGCUGAGGAUCGCAUGAAUAUGGGUGCUGUAUACUCUUUGGCAUUCCUCCACACCCUCGUCUUUGCGGCAGUCUUGAUUUCACUCUUGGAACAAUAUGCACUUCCGGCCAAGCAAGAUUUUGCACGACAACUCAGCGGCGAAAACGAAGAGGGAGAAGAACAAGAACAAGAAAACCUAUCAGGUGAUGGCGGUAACGAGCAGAACCACGAGGAUAGAGGGGAGGCGGAUAUUGCUGCUGCUCCAACAGAGACGACACCUCUCAGGGCUGACGAAGAAGGGCAAGGAUCUAGCGAGCAGACCACCACGUUUGCCAACACAUAUAGGAGACCCGUGCCAGAAACUAGAGGUGCGACUCAUAGCGGCAACAACAGAAAACGCAGCUUUCCGCCUUACGAAAACGAGCAAGCUUGGUCCGGUCGGCUUCCAACCUGGACCUGGUUUAUUCAACUCCUCCUACUCGUUCCCCUCUACGUGACUGUGCUCGGCAACCUGGCACUGGUACAAACCACAUCCAUGGGCAUGACCGGAACAGACGGUAGCAGCUUACUUGUUCCGCUAAUGGGAGUUGGCAUCUUAACGAUCCUCCUUCUCCUGCCACUCACGCCGUUUAUCCAUCGCGUCAGCCACCACGUCCCGCUAUUCCUUCUCCUCGUAUUUAUCGGAACGCUUAUCUACAACUUGACCGCCUUCCCAUUUUCCGCUAACAAUCGUUUCAAAUUUUACUUCAAGCAAGUCGUCGACUUGGAUAAAGGCUCCAAUGUUGUCACCCUCAAUGGGCUGGAAAAGUUUGUACGCCCCGUCAUUGGCUCCUUGCCCACUCCAGCCGGCCAACGAAUUCACUGUGAUGAGGACCCUUUUCUCUCAAACUUGAGGAAUUGCCAGUAUGAUGCGUCUCUCUUACCUCCGGACGUGGCGAAUGGCGAAAAGUUGGAAAACCUGAUAUCCUUUGAAGCGUCGAAAUCCAAGAAUGGAAAAACAGUCCUUGUGAGCCUUGAUGCAUUGAAUACUCGCGUCUGCUUCCUCGACACUUCGUCCCCAAUCUUUGGCUUUUCAGUUGACGGCGGCGCAAAGCGCGACGACCGAUUCGGCUCAUUCCCACCUGAAGGGCUCCAACAGAUUCAACUUUGGAGGCGUGAUUGGGAAAAGGGCUGGAAUGUUACACUUUACUUGGGUGGGAAUGUGCUUCCCACGAACCAGGAUAGUGUUGAAGCCACGGAGGUCGACGAAGUGGAUGAUGACCCUAGCGGCGGAGAACUGAAACGAAGAGCAGUCAGGGAGUUUGUCGUGACGGCGAGAUGUGCCUGGUCAGAUGUCAACAGUGCAAACACGAUUCCGGCAUUCCACGAGGUGAAGCAGUUCAUGCCCAGGUGGGCGAUUGUCGCGAAAAAGUCUGUUGGUCUAGUGGAAAUCACCAAGAAGAUCAAGGUGACGUAA